AUGGGGAGGAUGGCAUCGGCACAUGACCAUUCUAACAUGAAGAAUGGUGGUCAUCGGAGCAAAGCCCUGAUGAGGAACACGAGAAUACCUGCAGGAAAAAGCUUAUUGCUUCAACGUGACUUAGACCAUCAAGUUGUUUUGAAUGUCACCAUAUACCAUGCGGACGGCGUUGACGACCCAAGUAGCAGUACCAUCUGUGCUUCCGAUCGGAUUUACAGAGCUCUUGUGUGGGUUGAACCCGGCAGAGAGUACCGGACUUCUUUUGUUCGUGCCUUACCAGACCCUAGAUGGGACGGAAAAUGCGAAAUUCCGUUGAGGACCAGCCUUUUGGGUUGGGGGCACCUGAACGUGGAGGUCUUGAGGGGGAGUAACGACACCGAGCCAGGAACCUCUGAUGGCAUAGCCAGCGUGAGCAGGGCUAGAAUCCCUCUGCCAAAGAAGAUGGAUCAGAAAAAGGAAGGCCGGUUUGGACUCGUGAGGAAUGAAGGGCCUGGACUGGUCAAGGCUGAAGGCCACAUAAUUUUGUCUAUGAAAGUGAGGGAACGCUGA